CUGGAUUUCUUGAUCUGAUUUCUGUUUUCGAACUGACUUUGGAUAUGUUGACAUGUCCCUGUCAGAGAUCCCAUCAAAUGCCCUGUGUUUGAACACGCCAGCCCUCAUCACAAUAUAUCAUAACUCAGCCCUCCAUCUACGCUGGCUCAUACGGCUGCGACUGAAAUCCUAAAAGUGGCCGCUACGAUGUUACGAAUUGCGCUGGCAUGGUUCCUUUGCGCAUCGGUGGCAGUUGGGUUGAGUCUGCCUGAUAAGUGUACCGUGUUUUCAAAGUCACAGAGCGAGUGCAAUCCAGUCGCGCCAGCAAGCUUUCUGCCUGCUUUCCUAGAUGAUGCACCAAAAAGCAAAACUAGGUCAGAACAUUCUGGCGGAAGCAAUUUAUUUGCGGACCUUGUGAAUGCGCUGAAUGUCACACAAUCGGAAUUCUUCGCUCCCUGGCUGGGCACCUGGCCCGAUGCCAUCGACUGGACAGCGGCCGUGAUAGGCACACACGUCUCAGGGGUCACGCGCAGUAUAUCGCAAGACUCGAUAUUAAUCAACUCAAAUGACCACAAUGCUGUUGACUGGAGGUGGACAUCUAACUUGGUCGACAAAUACUUUACCCAACUUGUUGGCUACUACUUCGGCCAAGAUGCCUUCGCCAUAAGGAACGAAGCUUACGAUGAUAUCCUCUGGGUAGUUCUGGGCUGGCUCGAAACGAUCAAACUCGUCAAUGCCCACGACGAACUAUAUUUCACACCGGUUAAUGCGAACCUGUCUCAAGCCUCACCAGGGAGCGCUGAUGGGGCAACUGAUGGAACAACCAACCAGCCCUAUCAUGGAACCACAUGGCUUCCGACAUUUUCGCAUCGGGCGCGUAUAUUCUGGGAUCUUGCCUCGCGAGGUUGGGACACCAAGUUAUGCAACGGAGGAAUGAUCUGGAACCCCCGGUUACUGCCAUAUAAAAAUGCCAUCACCAACGAGCUCUUCAUUGCCGCCUCCGUUUCGAUGUACUUCAAUUUUCCCGGCGACGACAACGAAUCGCCAUUCAGUGACCACCCUGACAACUUCAAUCCCUCUGACCCAGAUUCCGACAUAUCCAGUGGACCCCGUGACGCUAGGUAUCUGAAAGCGGCCGUCGAAGGCUACAGAUGGCUACGUAACUCUAACAUGACAAAUGAAAAGGGGCUGAUAGUCGAUGGCUUUCACAUUAGCGGAUAUCUCGACGAAAACAACAACAACACUCGCUGCGACGCUCGUGACGAGAUGGUCUUUACGUACAACCAAGGCGUUAUCUUGACUGGCCAGCGCGGCCUAUGGGAUGCGACCGGCGCGCCAUCAUUUCUCAAGGACGGUCACCGUUUGAUUCAAAAUGUGAUCAAAGCCACGGGUUACGAUCUCAAGUCAGACAGUCCCAUCGAAGGCCUCCCGGAGCUAAAAGCCGGCGUCCUUCCUCGCUGGCACGGGCUAGGACGACUGGGAAUCAUGGAGGAAGACUGCGACGCGAGCGCAACCUGCAGCCAGGACGGACAGACGUUCAAAGGGAUCUUCUUCCACCAUCUCACGGCCUUUUGCGCGCCCCUCGAGACGCCGCCCGCAGAGCUCGGAUUGCGAGUCCAUGAAGGCGCCUUCACACAGAUCAGCAGGUCUCAUGCCGACGCGUGCAAAUCCUACCGCGGCUGGCUGUGCCACAAUGUCCUCGCUGCGCUGGAGACGCGAGACGCGUCGGGCCGCUUCGGACAGUGGUGGACGGCGGGGACUUGGACGGGCGCGUGGCCGACGCGGGCGGAUGACGGUAUCCCCGAUGUGCCCAACGCUACUGAUUACCGCAACUCCGGGGUCCCUGACAACGCCGUGUGGCGCAGUAGCGCGUCGAUGCUCGCACCUACGCAGACACCGCGGAUAUAUGGCGCGAGGAAGGAUCAGAUACCGCUUGGCGGAGACGCGGAACAAACCCCCCUUGGGACCGUGAGAAGGCGACAACAUCAUGCGAAAGACCCGAACGACCGUGGUCGUGGACGGACUGUUGAGACGCAGAGCGGAGGGUUAGGCCUUCUUCGGGCAUACUGGCACAUUUCACGGAUACCGUAGGACGGUCUCUGGGAAUUUGUGUUUGACGGGAUAGGGUCAUUUAUUUUCGUAGAAAGCAAGUAUAUGUUUGAAGUAAGCCUUGGCUUCUCGAUACUAGGUAUUCGGAUACAAGUCCGUAGUCAAAUUGGCAAUAUUACACGUAGCUGCGACUUGUGCAAGAAGUGUUAAAGGUGGUUAAUCAGGACUAGCUAGACCGUUUUCCUACCUUCGGUCUCGUUUCUUACGUCUAGAUUUGAGCAAGACGCUGAGACCUACAAACUAGGGCACGAAAACACAUUAUUUCGAUAAGUGAACUCUGCCAAGUGUGAU